UCAUCACUACUUUGCUUUCGCAGAGCCGAGGGGAGGGUCCGGCUCGGCUUGGGAAAGGCCCCGCCGCCGCCGCUGCUGCUGCUACUACUACAAUCUUACUACUGUUGCCGCCGCUGCCGCCGCCUUUGCGGGGAAGAAAUAAAUAAAUAAAUACCCCACCGAGGGCGCGCGCCUGUCCGCCGUCACCCCGCUGCGCGCGCCUCGGCGCGCCCCCCUUACCUAUUCCUUCUCUUACAUCCCAAGGCGCUGCUCCUUUUUUUAUAUAUAAUUAAAGGCUUAUUUUUUGGACUCUUGAAAUCCGACGCGCACUACCAAGAACUCUUCGAACCCGGCUUGCUGCAUCGCUCCCUGGGAUUUACAACCGAGAUCUUUGGACGGACUGCUUUUGCUUUUUUUUUUGCUUUUUGAGGGAUUUACAAGGAAAGGGGGGCCGAGCAGAUUGGCGUCCACCACUUGGUGGCUUUUUUUCUUUUUAAACCUGCGUUCGUUGGCUCCCCUUUUCUCAUAGAUAUAUCCGCAACGUCCCAAAUAAUCGACCCGCUGUCUUUUUUAGCCGGGACCUGGGAGGAACCGGCACUGUCCCCAGCCACCAUGCCUCUGACGGUGCCCAGCUUCAGCCGGGCAUACGAUUACGACUAUGACUCGGUGCAGCCGUACUUCUACUUCGAAGACGAGGAGGAGAACUUCUACCUGACGGGGCACCACCGCGGCUGCGAGCUGCAGCCGCCCGCGCCGUCGGAGGACAUCUGGAAGAAGUUCGAGCUGCUUCCCACGCCGCCUCUGUCGCCCAGCCGCCGCUCCGGCUGCUUCCCGUCCAGCGCCGACCAGCUGGAGAUGGUGACGGAGCUGCUGGGCAGCGACGUAGUCAACCAGAGCUUCAUCUGCGACCCGGGCGACGACGCCUUCGUCAAGUCCAUCAUCAUCCAGGACUGCAUGUGGAGCGGAGGCUCCACCGCCGCCAAGCUCCAGCAGGUCGUCUCCGAGAAGCUCGCCUCCUACCAGGCCGCCCGGAGGGACGGCGCGGCCGCGGCGCGCAGCGGCAGCCUCCCGCAGCCUUCCCCGACGGCGCCCGCCGCCGCUUCCUCCUCCUCGGCUUCCUCGUCCGCUGCCUCUUCUGCCGCCGCGUCUCCCAGCAGCGCCUACCUGCAAGACCUGGGCGCCACGGCUGCCGAGUGCAUCGACCCGUCCGUCGUCUUUCCGUACCCGCUGAGCGAGAAGCCCCCCAAAGUCGAGGCCGCCUCCCCGGAGCCUAGCCCGGCUCCCUUGCUGGUUCAGGACACGCCGCCCGCCACAAGCAGCAGCAGCAGCGACUCUGAAGAGGAAGAGGAGCAAGAAGAGGAAGAGGAGGAAGAAAUUGAUGUGGUUACAGUAGAGAAAAGGCAGCCCGCGUCGAGGAAAUCUGAGUCCGGUACGCACAGGAAGCCCCACCAUAGUCCCCUGGUCCUCAAGCGGUGUCACGUCCCCAUCCACCAGCACAACUAUGCUGCCCCUCCGUCCACCCGCGUCGAAUACCCGUCCGCCAAGCGGCUAAAGUUGGACAGUGGCCGAGUCCUCAAACAGAUCAGCAACAACCGCAAAUGCUCGAGUCCGCGCACCUCGGACUCCGAAGAGAACGACAAGAGGAGGACGCACAACGUCUUGGAGCGCCAGCGGCGGAAUGAGCUCAAGCUGAGCUUCUUCGCCUUGCGAGACCAGAUCCCCGAAGUAGCCAACAACGAAAAGGCCCCGAAAGUCGUCAUCCUCAAGAAGGCCACGGAGUACGUUUUGUCCAUCCAGUCGGAUGAGCACAGACUGUUAGCCGAAAAGGAACAGCUGAGGAGGAGGCAGGAGCAAUUGAAAAGCAAACUCCAGCAGCUCAGGAACUCUUGUGUUUGAAAACAAAAACGGAAAAAAGGGGAGACAUCGUGUAGAUUGGGAUGGACAUUGAUCGGGGGGGGAAAGUAUAAGAACUUUUGUGCUUUUUUAAAAAACAAAAACUAUGUACUGAUGGACUCAACAAUGUGUGAAAAGCGGAAUUGUUGCAAUUGCAUGCUCGACAACUACACAACCUUGGCCUGCCCUUGGUGCGGGGCUGGCCUGAACCUCAAAACUGCCUCUGAACUGAUAAAACUUUGGGCAGGAAUCUUCUUCAUGCUUCUGGGGGAUGAACAUUUCCUCUUAACCUUUUGCUUUUUGUAUUUAAAGCGUCCCACCCCCCUCCUUCCUUUCUUAAGGUGAUUUACAGGUGACGCAGAGUUCGUCACCGCAUCUGUAAAUAUAUUUACGCAGCCUAAUGACCUGUACAUAUCUUUAUUAAAAAAAAAUCUUUAUAGAAAAAUUUAAAAGAAAAACCUGCAAUGCUUAGUCGGUUGUGGCAACUGAAUUUAUAAUUGUCUUGAACCUUUUCGUGCCAUAACAUUUCACAGAAACUUUUGGUCGUUUUUAUUUAAGUAUCUUUUUGUCAUUUUUUUUAAAAAAAGAAAGAAAAUGAUUUUAUUUUGUGUUUCUAGAUAAAUAAAAUAUUUGCCCUAAAUUGUAA